GGCUCUCUUAAUGCAUGCAGCCACGCUAUUGUGUACAAGAAAAGAAAGAAAAGGAUUUAUUUUGGUUUUGUAUUUAAGAACAAAGUUCGAUUCGAUUUGUUAACAUUGUUAAUAGUGCCAUAGUGCCAGUCUCCAGAAAUGUAUUAUUCCGAAUAGAUCCGCAUGAAGGAGUAAUGUUUGAUUGAAACAACAGCUGUUUGCUUUGUAGUGUGAUGCGGUGCAUGGGUUCCGCCGAGUCCAUCCAGUUGUUCAUCGGGGGACUCAUUUAAGUUCCGCCUACUGGAAUUCAACUGUGUAGAAUAUUACUAACAAGACAACAACGUACUCUGUCGUUGAAUAUAUUCAAAUAUGAAUCAACUAGAAAUUUCCUCGGAACAUUUUCAUCCUUCCUCUUCCGGCUUCGCAGCUCCGGAAGAAAUAAAACGAAUUUCGUCAAAAAGCCUAAGUUAUGAAGAAUUUUUUACUGAGUAUUUGCAAACAAAUACGCCCGUUAUAAUAACUGCUGUGGCCGACCAAUGGGAGUGCUACAGGCAGUGGAUAAUGCGGAGCAAAACUGAUGACGACAAAUUAAAUAUUGCAUAUUUGAAGGCGCGCAUCAAAAACGUGCCCGUUCCAGUGGCAGAUUGCGGCAAGCAAUAUCAUAAUGCACAUGAAAAGCAAGACAUGAACUUUCAUGUUUUUUUAAACUAUUGGCAUGAAACAAGUGCCGGUGGAAAAGAAUCAAAACUUUACUUAAAGGAUUGGCAUCUGCGAGAAUUGUUACCCGAUUAUCAAUUCUAUGAAACACCUGUAUUUUUUGCUUCCGAUUGGCUCAAUGAAUAUUUAAUUGAUCUUGAACAGAAUGAUUACAUGUUUGUAUACAUUGGUCCCAAAGACACGUGGACACCUUUUCAUGCGGAUGUGUUUUCCUCGUAUAGUUGGUCAACAAAUAUAAGUGGAAUGAAAAAGUGGUUGUUGUUGCCGCCUGGACAGGAACUUGCGCUGAAGGAUUCUUUAGGAAAUCUACCAUUUGAUAUAUCGGAGGAAUUACUAGACCUCAAAGAGAUCGUGUACUACAGUGUAUUGCAAACGGCAGGUGAAGCAUUGUUUGUACCUAGUGGAUGGUAUCACCAAGUGCACAAUGUACAAAAUGCCAUUUCGGUUAACCACAAUUGGUUCAACGGUUGUAAUAUUGAUUACAUUUGGUCGACUUUGUAUGAUGCUACAGAAAAGGUACAAAAUGAGAUUGACGAUUGCAAAGAUAUGGAAGGAUUCGAUGAGCACUGUCAAAUUAUGUUAAAUGCUUCCUAUGGAAUGAAUUUUGAAAUGUUUUUGAAAAUUUUAGCGCACAUUUGCAAAAAACGCGUGAAAGCCUAUCAUAGUAGCGAAGAAGAAAGAGUUCACUUCGAAAACUAUCGUCUGGGAGUAAAUCAUAUCCGGUUUGAUUUAAACGCAAUUUUAUCGGUUUUAAAACGAAUGAUAUCUCAUAAAGAAUUACUGUGCAAAUUAAAAUUGUUACCAGACGUUGAAAAUUGUAUGCAACAAAUAAAUGAUGUGCUAUUCUGA